AUGGUUUUCCGAAAGUUGCCCGGUGUGUCGGCAUCGGGCAUGGGUCUUCGCCUAUCCCAGAAAUUCGUGUUUCUACUUUUUCUUUCGGGCUUGGUAACUCUGUGUUUCGGGGCCUUAUUCUUCUUACCUGACUCUGUCCGUUUGAAACGUAUUUUUCUCUCAAAGACGGAGAGCCAGCCAGUAACGGUAGAGUCUGAGAAUGAUGUAAGGGAGCAUCUUAAGAAGGGAGCGAAGGACCCAGAACAUCUCCGGGGCAUCACCUCGGCCAAAGGGGAGACAAGCACAAAACUCAAAGCCUUGAGCCGCAAGCCCUCUGUCACCAAUGAGGCUAAAACGGACAAGAAAGUCGCUGGCGGGGAAGCGUUGGAGGACAUGAUGCUGUCGAUGUCUAAAACGGAUCCGGCUUCUAAGGAUGAGAAAGUGACCUCGUCUUCUAACCAGGGUGCCAACACGGAUACUUCUUUCGAUUACAACAAGUUUAAAAAAUGUCUGCUAAAGCCGCCCUUGGGGGUCGAACAUGGCAAGCCGAGCGACCCUCAGACCCUUCAGCGUCGGGAGAAAGUCAAGGAGGUAAGAUGACAAGCAGUCACAGUGUAAUACAGUUAUUUACACAACAGCUGGGGGAUCCAUGUCCUAAGCUGUCAAAGCAUUGCAGCCAAAUUGUCUCAAUAGGAUAUGCCACUGCAAUGUAAUAUACAAGUAAUCAAAAUGUGCGUAAUUACACAUCAAGCUGCCGACGAAAAUUGGGGUUUUGAUGUGGCCACUGGCCAGAAGGAGUUCUCUUCACAAUAAUAUGGAAAAGAUGGUCCAAACAUGCUCUCUGUGAUCUCUGAUAAGGUUUUAGGCUAGACAUUUCACAGUCACACAGAUUGUUAGUGACUAUGCAAAAUGAUAUGCAUCAUUGUUAGUGCAUAACACAAUGCUUAUAGAUAUGAGGCAUUGAGGAUAAUGAAGGUGAUUUUAUGGACACACACACACACACACACACACACACACACACACACACACACACACACACACACACACACACACACACACACACACACACACACACACACACACAGCACUGUCUACACACCAACUAUUAUUAUGUUUGCAUCACUUGCUAUGGGCAGACUGCUACAGGACUACCUCCAGGGGUAUGGCAGCAGCCUGCUGUUGUUCAGCUCUGUGAAGUUCAGUAAUGCCUGAGAGUGAGAGCGUAUGUCUGUACUGUAUCACACAUCCUCAUCCACUCAGGGCAGGGGCAGGGGAGAGAGCAGAGGAGGCAGGGGAUAGUGUUGGGACAAACAGGCAGUGUCCAGCGUGCGUGGAUGGCUUUGGGACAUUGCAUGUGACAGGGAUGUGGCAUGUUGUCAUUUCCACUUACUCUGUUGUCACCUUCUCACUGUCCUCACAUGCCUCCCUUCUAUCUGGAGGUCAUGUUGUUACGUGAUAACCAACAGUCCCACACCAUGGUCAGUAACAUGUUUGGCCUAGUAUUGAAUCAGCGGAAAGUCCUGACUUAUUUCUACAGCUUUGAUAACACUCUUUGAAAGUGAAUGUCAAUGUGACAUUUUACAUUUAAAUUUUGCUGAUCUAAGCAAGGUUUCUGUCUGGAGGUCAUUGAGUAUAGACCUACUAACCUGGAAGAAAGUUAUUUCCACUGUAUCCUCCCAAACAUUUGUGUCCACUCCAGUCUAGUGUAUGUUUCAGUUGCACUGCCUUGAAUGAAGCACUGAAUGAAGCACUUCCCCCUCCAAAAAACACAUUGCUUUAGAAAAGCAUAGCGGUUAACAACUAGCUGGCUGGCUCUAGUGGCUGGCUAUCUAUAGGUUAGUGCAGGGGUCCCCAAUUACAUUCAGCCGUGGGCCGAUAUUUCCUUGAGCGGAUGGUCGUUGGGCCGGAACAUAGUUAUUAAUAAUUUGUACACUGCAAAUUGACUGCAAGAAUCCCAAACAGAUAUAGUAUUUGACAAAAACAGAAUCAUUUCAAACCUUGAUUACAUUGGGAUACGAUUACAUAUGCCUCUCUAUUUAUGCGUGGGAAUACUUGGGAACAGAUUUCCUAAAUUAAAAUAACUUUGAGAUGAUUUUCAGGGGAUUUUACAGUCUUUUAUGUCUAACAGCGGGCCGCCUAUUGGGGAACCCUGGACUGGUAUCUGUUCUUGCUGUUUCCCAUUGUUACGUGAGAUUCCACAGUUUCAGGCCAUUUGUCAGAGUUCCAGAACCAUCAUCUCUAUUCCUGGUGCUUCACAUUCACAAUGCCAAUCCCAUGGCUGUGUCCCAAAUGGCACCCUAUUCCCUACAUAGUGCACUACUUUGACCAGAGACCUAUGGGCCCUGGUCAAAAGUAGUCCACUAUAUAGGGCAUAGGGUGCCAUUUCAGAUGCAGGUCAUGCCUGUGGUGGCCACAUCACAAGCCUGUGGUUUGUCUGGGUUCAUAGUCAUAGCGAUUUAAGAACAAACACAAAAACAACAUGCAUCCAAACCCUUCUUAUGUCGGGCAUUUAUGAAGUAUGAUGAAGAAUGAGCAGUAGCAAAUUACCCCCACGUUCUAUAUUGAGUUGCUGUCUGACUGUGCUGUGGCAGUAGGGCUACAAACACUUGAUAUUUGAUGGGAAAAUAACUAGUGAAGGCAGCGAGAGGGUUGCCUUGUGAUCUUAUGAUCAGCCCAAAGCAAUGGCCUAAUGUGCCCGCUGAGCUCAUGUCCUAACAAAUAUAAAUGGGCUUCAGUUUCUCAACAAACUGCCAAGGCGGUAAGUGGCACCUCCGUGUGUGCCAACCGCCAAGAGAGGGUGGCAAAGGAUGGCACAGGAGACAAUGGCAGGUAAAUGUUUGAGGGUUUUUUCCUGGCCAAAACUGACAUGAUGCCUCUAAACAAAGCCAAUUGUUUCAGGUGUGUGUGUGCUUGCGUGCAUGUUUGUGUUUGAACAGCCCUCCUUUGCUAGUCCUCAUCAGGUGGAAAUGUCCUCCAAACUCCUCCCUCUUUAUUCUUCUAACUCUCUGAUCUUCUGUCUCAUUGAGUUCCUGCAUGGUUUUGGUGCUGCCUAAUUGAGUUCCUGCAUGGUUUUGGUGCUGCCUAAUUGGGUUCCUGCAUGGUUUUGGUGCUGACUAAUUGGGUUCCUGCAUGGUUUUGGUGCUGACUAAUUGGGUUCCUGCAUGGUUUUGGUGCAGCCUCAUUGGGUUCUUGCAUGGUUUUGGUGGAGCCUCAUUGGCCCUUGAAGAGCUGAUAUCAGGGAGGCGGCUAUUGGCAGAUUACCCCAAGUCUGUUCUAGUCAUUGCUGAAUCAACAGGAAGUUGAUCUCUCUUCUCUUUUAAAUGUUCCUUACUUUACCUUUAGACAAGGUUAUUAGUCAGUGUAGAAAAGCACAGUGUAGUUACGGUGCAGGGGGCUGCUGCGACGGUACAUCACAACAAACACAAUUGUCAGAGCAAACAGAGCGUCUGACAUGAAUCGAGGAAUGCUAAUCUUUUUCUCCCCAUCGCGGAGCUGACACACACACACACACACACACACACACACACACACACACACACACACACACACACACACACACACACACACACACACACACACACACACACACACACACACACACACACACACACACACACACACACACACACACUCCCACAAACACACACACACACACACACACACCACACACACACCACACACCACACACACACACCACACACACACACACACACACACACACACACACCCACAACACACACACACACACACACACACCACACACACACACACCACACACACACACACACAGGCCUCUUUAUCUGUCGUAUCUUACUGUCUGCACAACAUCACACACCAAACAUCAAGCAGCUCUUUUUUUAGAUGUCUCCCUCUGUAAAGCAGAAGAUUUGCUCUUCGUUCUCUAUUUCUUUUUCCAGAGCUGGAUGUGUCAGCACAGGCAAAUAAAGGCAGUGAAUGUGCAAAUGCAAAAUGUACAACUGCAAUGUGAAGACACAAUUUGUGUUUGGUUUGCCUCAGUAAGAGAUAUUUGUAUGGGGACACUGUAACACAGUGAAGGGGAUCAGCGUCACUGCUUGCUGUUCACAGUACUGCAGCGAAGGGACAGACACAUUGCAGGCUUUCUGUGGCAGAGAGAGCCUCCUAAUGUUGCGAUAAAGCUACAGUCCCCCAGGGCUCUGUGUGUGUGUGCGUGUGCGCAUGCCCGUGCAUGUGGUUGCAUAUCUCUGCUUGUAUGUGUUUUGACCAUGUUGGUUAUCAUUUGAAUAAGAUGUUCGGUAAUUGUGGUCUGAAGUGUUGCCACAACUGUCGUAACAAACUGAAAAUCCAAACACCAGUCCAGCAUAUAAACUUCAUCUGGUUUGUCAGACUUGUUUGAGACGACAGAUCAUUUAAGGCCAAAUCAGUUCUCCUUUUCUGAAUGAAAACUCUGAGAGUAAGUACUUUUGAGGGUAUUCUUAAAAUAUUCCCACAACAGUUUUUUCUCUACAAGAGAAGCCAGUGGAACAUCAUGUUAAACCACAAGCAAAGUUUACGUCAUAAAACAUAAUGUUUAGUUUUUUCACUUCCGUCACUGUAGAGUUUAUUAGUCUCCCACCCCCUCUCUUCCCCCCAAAGAAACACCCAACAGCCAACUUCUGAAAAUAUGUUGACUGUCUAUCUUAUGAAAAACCCCAUGAGUUGUGAAAAGGAAAUGGGUGACUGGCUGAAUUAGAAGCUCCAGUUAAAAAUAGGCUCUGUGUCCUGCUGCUGUCCUCCAGUCAGUUGUGUGCGGUGACCUCCCUCAACCUCCUGUUCCUGUCUCCAGCUAAGGGCCAGGUGCACCGAGGGGACUUCACCCUGGGCUGGGAAAUGGCAGCUUACCGAGCGGGGCCAGGCCCCUGUUGGAAUACUUUAGAAAUGCAUCCGGGUGUGCCGAGGGGACGUCACCCUGGGCUGGGAAAUGGCCGCUUACCGAGUGGGGCCAUGCCCCUGUUGGAAUACUUUAGAAAUGCAUCCUUCAUUAUUACCUUCCUUGUUUCCUUCUUGGUUUCCUUUCUUGUUUCCUUGAGGUAAGCACAGGUCUAUAAUUGAUUGGAUAGGUAUAGCCUAAGCAAUGUUACCAUCCUAUAUUGCUUUCACCAAUCCAACCAAUUAGAUCUGUGAUGUCUUCAAGGAAGGUAGGAAUAAAGGAUGCUUUUUUUCUCCCUCCCUGUGGGCCUCUGUGGGGGUGGAGGAGCGGGAAACGUUUGUGUUUGUGUUUCAUCGCUGGCUCGGUGGAAGAAGUGCAAAUGUCAGACACUGGUGUUUGUUAUGUGAGCCCAUAUAUUUUCUCUGGCCCGUGCAUGUGGAGGAGUUUGCAGCUGAGCCCGUUGGGUAUUGGAAUAUUGCGCAAGUCGAUAGCAGCUGAGUGUGAUAUUACAGACAUGUCGAAGCAAUACCUACUGUGUUUUUGUAGGCCUAUCCACAGACAAAGACAACUUCCUGUGCCUGAAGCAGAGUACAGUCAUGGUGGUUUGAUUAGAUGUAAGUCGAACAAUGUCAGGUAUUGCGCAUCCCCACAGGAAAUAGCCGGAGAAAACGAGUGAAGCGAUAGAGCAGGAGAGGGAAAAGGAAGGAUAACAGUGGAGAGGAGCUGUUAGCUUGCAUCCUUUUUGCAUUCAAGGACGUUUUUCUCCCCUUCCUUUGUACAGAGGACACUAGCUCCUGGGCAAGUCUCUGUAGUGUGUGUGUGUGUGUGUGUAUGUGUGUGUGUGUUUUGUGUGUGUGUUUUUGUGUGUUUUUGUGUGUGUGUGUGUGUGUGUGUGUUGGGGGCCAGGAGGGAAGCCUCAUCUCUGGAAGUAAAAUAUUAUGUUACAGCACAUCUUGAAUGAAUGGAGGACUCACUCUGCUUUAGUCUCGGAAAGCUGACCCUAGGCAACAGUGACUAGGGUCUGGUUUCAAUGAUGGACUCUGUUGGCAUAGAGGAACUACGUCAAUGCCUAUGUCACUACUUUAUCUGCUUGAGUAAAAUACAAAAUAGUAGCUAGCAAGAUGGAGAUCAUUGAUUUUUAUGUUUUGUUUUUGGAUUUCGGAUGUGGCUAGUUUGCAUCAACUACCUUCCCUAAAACCACUGCAAAGGUUUUGCCUGCAAAGUUUGAUUUCAAAUCGUGACGUUCUGGCAUGUCUGCCUUAUGAUUUGUUGGGAGAGUUGUCUGUCUGAAGAGGACACACCUCAGAAUUCCCCCCCCCCCCCCCCCGUAUCGAAGUUGCCAAAAGAGUCUGCAAUUGAAACCAGACCCUAGUCGCUGUUGCCUAGGGUCAGGUUUUCGAGACUAACUCUGCCUGGCCUCUCUUCCAGGGAAAGGCACUUUGAGGCUAUCAUCGGUGCCUCAUUGUUUAAGGGAGAGAGUAGCCCACUACUUCAUAAACUCCAGUGAAGGAGGACCUAUUUAUUACGCAACUUAUUUUCUCUCAAUUCAGGGAGAGGUUUGUGAGGUCUGAGUGUGUGUAUUGUGGUGUGUGUGUGUGUGUGCGCGUAGGUGUAAGAGAGAGUCGUUUAGCUCACAUUGGAAUGAAAAGGCGUGAGAGGGUCCAAAAGUCACAUACAGCUAGUGGUAGAAAAAAGUGAUUUGCUGGCUAACUUGACCAUUUGACUUUCUACAGAUGUGUCGCCAAAUUACACAGAAACAGUUUUCUGUGGAACAUGCUACAUUUUGGUCUGCCUCCCCUGGUCCGGUAAGAAGAGUCAGUUUGUUUGUUGUACUUUUCACAUGCACCCCUACUUGUUUACCGUAGCCUGUGUGUUGCGUCACUUUCCAGUAAAAGCCACCUGGUCUUACAGGUCACUCACAGUGUUGGCCUUGUUUUUGGGGCUGCAGGAGCACAGAGGGAUACAAGGAUUUUGGAUUUUAAAUUAUGUUGAAGUUUCUGUUUUUGCGUUUUUAGUUCUUUAGACUUCUAUUUGACUUAUUCCUUAUUCCCAUAAAACAACAUUGUAAUCUCUCUCUCUCUCUCUCUCUCUCUCUCUCUCUCUCUCUCUCUCUCUCUCUCUCUCUCUCUCUCUCUCUCUCUCUCUCUCUUUCUUAUAUCUGUCUCUCCCAGGCCUAUGGCUUAGCUCUCUUCCCUCUUCAGGCAGAGACUCGUCCAUGUUGCACACAAAGGACUAA